AUGAGCGAGUUGCGAGUCUCGCGACACCGAUCGAAGCCGCCGCCCCAAGUCGCGUCGAGCGUUCGCGUUCUGUCAAACGACUGUCUCUUGUUCGUGCUCGAAGAUUUCUUGAGCGAAGAAGAGGGGGAUCAAUUGAUUGAGAUCGCGCGUCCAAGUAUGCAGCGAUCGCGCGUGACGGACGGGAAACUUUCGGAAGGUCGGACUUCGACGUCUACUUUUCUCACCGGGGCUCGGGCGCACGACGAUUUGGUUCUCGAAAUCGAGCGCAGGAUUCAAGCCGCGAUUCGUCUGCCGUUGAUCGUCGAGCGACGAAAAAAUGUCAAGGUCAUGUAUCAACACGAACCGAUGCAAAUAGUUCAGUACGGUCCAACUGAGCGAUAUACGGCGCAUUACGACAACAGAGCGGGCAGUCUCAAAAGAUCGAUGACGUUCAUGUGCUAUCUUCAAGAGCCUGAAGAAGGCGGGGCGACGUUCUUUCCGAAGUGUGUGCCGCUUUGUGGGUGCGAUUCGACGACGCUUGGGAUUCGAGUGUUCCCGAAACGCGGGCGAGCCAUCUUGUUUUGGAACGUGGGAGAAAACGGACAAGAGGCGAUGCGAUCGCUGCACGAGGCGCAACCCGUAGUCUCCGGCAAAAAAGCGAUCUUCACGCAGUGGCUUUCGAUUUCGGAAGAUACGUAG